AUGUCAUCUGCAAUUUUUACAACAACUACAACUACUACAACUACCACUACUACCACAACCAUAGUCAAUUCAUUCACAUCACCGGCUAUAUCACAAUCAUGGGAUAUAUUGCAGGACACUUUAUCAGAAAAUUUAUUAUUCAUUCUAAACAAAAUAAGUUAUAUACCAGGAGGACAAAUAAUUCUAAGAUAUAUUAAAUCGUCAUAUCAAAACGAUCCUAUAAGAUCAUUGUUUGAAUAUUGUUUGUUUAUAUUUGCAUUAACUUAUUUUUUCAGUUCUAAAAAAAAGGAGAAUAAAUCUGAAUUUGUUAAAUUUUCCAAAAAGGAAAUAGAUGAAUUAUGUGCAGAAUGGGAGCCAGAACCAAUUAUAAGUGAGAUCGAUCAAUUAGAAAAUUGGAAAUUAAAAGCCAUACCUGAAAUUAUUGGUCAUAAUGGAGCUCAUGUAAAAUUAAAUGGGUUUGAUGAAACAAUAGUUAAUUUAGCAUCUCAAGAUUUUUUAAAUUUAAAUGAAAAUAAAGAUAUUAAAACAGCUGCAAAAACAGAAAUAGAAUUAGCAGGAGUUGGUGCUUGUGGUCCUCCAAACUUUUAUGGUACUCAAGAUGUUCAUGUUAGAUUAGAAGAAGAUUUAGCUAAUUAUUUGGGUACUGAACAAGCUAUCAUAUAUGGUCAAGAUUUUGUUACCGCAGGGUCCGUUAUUCCUGCUUUUUUAAAAAGAGGUGAUUUAUGUGUUGUAGAUAGAAAUAUAAAUCUUGCCAUACAAAAGGCAUUGAUAGUUUCAAGAGCUGAUAUUGAAUGGUUUGAUCAUAAUGAUAUGGUACAUUUAGAACAAAUUUUAACACAAUUGAAACCAGUAUUAUCAAAACAAAAACCAAUCAGAAGAAGAUUUAUAAUUACGGAGGGGUUAUUUUCAAAUACUGGAGAUAUAGCAAAUUUACCACAGAUUGUUGAAUUGAAAAAUAAAUUCAAAUAUAGAUUAUUUGUUGACGAAUCAUUAUCUAUUGGUGUUUUAGGUCCAACUGGAAAAGGUCUUACCGAACAUUAUGGAAUUUCUCGUGAUGAAGUAUCAAUAACUAUUGGAUCAAUGGCAAAUUCAUUAGCUUCAUCAGGUGGAUUUUGUGUUGGUGUAGAACCAAUGAUUCAUCAUCAAAGAAUUCAAUCAAAUGCUUAUGUUUUUAGUGCUUCAUUACCUCCUUAUUCGGCAAAAGUGACUUCUCAAGCUAUAAAAGAAAUUUUAAAAACUAACACUCAAACUGGUAAAUCUAAGAUUAUUACAAAUUUGCAUCAAUUAACUACUUUUGCAUAUGAUUCUAUAUUGAAGAAUUUAAAAAACUCACCAAUGACUAUUACUUCAACUCCUCAAUCCCCAAUGAUACAUUUAACUUUCAGUGAAUCAUAUAGAUCAAAAUUAAAUUUACCUUUAUUAUAUGGAAACUCAAUUUUUGUAACGACUGGAAAACCAUCAAAACGUCUUAAUUCAUUUGACGAUUAUUUAAAUGUUGAAAGUUUUAUGUUACAAAAAAUCGUUGAUUAUACUUUAACUAACUCCAAAAUCUUAAUAACUAGAAGUAAAUUAAUAUUAGAACAUGAAAAUUUGCCAAUUGUAGCUCCACAUUUAUUGAUUAAUAUAAAUAAUGGAGUUUCUGAGAAUGAUAUCACAAAAUUAGUUGAAGUUUUACCAACUGCUAUAGAGAUAGUCACCAAAAAUAUCAAUGAUGAAGAUGAAUUUUUUUCAUUGACUGAUGAGAUUAUAAAUUACUAA